CUCCCUUUUCAGCAAAAUUAGACGUUUCUCACACAAGACAUGAACACAAAGUAGUUAGUUUUGAGACUCUUAGCUCUUCGCUGCGGUGUGGUGGCUUUGAAAUCUGAUUCUCUCCCUAGCCUCUGCAACUCCAUACAGUGUGUUUCUUCUACGUUCUCUUAUCGCCAUCGCUGUAGAGGUCUGCGAAGUUCUGUUGAAGUCAAGAGCUGGAAACACUAAGCACUGUUUUUUGUGGGAAACAUGCUAAGUGCUGAAUUGGUUGCUCAUUAGUGUAGCAUUUAUAUUUGCAUAUUUUUUGUUGUUCGUGGUUGUUUUCACCAUGUCCAACAGUCCAGGGUUACAGCAGUUGUCAAUGCCAAACAAGCUGAUGGGACAGUUUGAACCCUUGUCCAGUUUGGGUUCACAGCCAUUGCCAAUACCUGGCAAACUAAUGGGGCCAAUGGAACCCAUUUUUAAUGGCUCACAGCGGCUGUUACUAUUUAACAAGGGAAUGGUCUCCCAUAAUCCAAAGGUGCAGCAUUUUUCAGCGCCAAGAAAGCGAACUGUACAGAUAGAAUCUAUGUCCUGUAAAUUGGGAUCGCAGCAAUUAUCACUACCAAAAAAACGAAGUGUACAGGUGGAAUCUUCAUUUAAUAAGCCAGUGUCACAGCAAUUAGCAAUGUCAAAGAAGCGAACUGCACAAAUGGAACCAUCUCCUAAAGGCCAAUUAGAGUCUUUUGAAUCAGUCAGGUCUAAGCUGAGAGAAUCAUUAGCUGCUUCAUUGGCUUUGGUUUCUCAGAAACAAAGGCAACUAGAAACCGUGGGAAAAAAUUCUCCAAGUGAGGCUGCAAGUGCUCCUAAGCAUCCCCAUGAAGUCCCUCAACCGGCUGGACCUGCCUCUGCAAAUGUAGUGAAAGAUGAGCUUUUGCAGGGAAAUGGACUCUGCUGGGCAUCAGAUCUUGAUGCCGGGUCUGCUAAACCAAUGGAAGGUAAUUCAGCCAAAAGACCUAAAUUGGUAAAUGGAGAAAUAUGUGUACAUAGUGGUGAAUCAAAACCAUUUUCUCCAGAAACUUUGGCAUUUAAAAUUGAAGCUGACCUCUUCAAAUUAUUUGGAGGUGUCAAUAAGAAGUAUAAAGAGAAGGGAAGGUCGCUUCUAUUUAAUUUGAAAGAUCAGAAUAACCCAGAACUAAGAGAAAGAGUUAUGGCUGGAGAAAUUUCCCAUGAACGUUUCUGUUCUAUGACUGCCGAGGAACUUGCUUCAAAGGAGCUCUCACAGUGGAGAUUAGCCAAAGCAGAGGAGCUUGCACAGAUGGUAGUUUUGCCAGAUUCAGAAGUUGAUAUCAGACGCUUGGUUAGGAAAACACACAAAGGGGAGUUUCAAGUUGAAUUUGAACAUGAUGAUAGUGUUUCAGUGGAGGUUGCCAUGGGGGCAAGUUCACUUACUCAAGUUCAGUCCAAAACCAGUGAGAAAGUUGCUCAACUUCUGUCAAAAGGUAUUGAAACUGAAACAUCUGAAGCAUUUGAUGAACAAUACCAGAAUAACUCAGAAGACCAUAAUCUCCGAAGUGACCUAACAACACUUCCACAUGAUGGGACUGAUCCAAUGCAAGGGCUGAUGAUGGAAGAAUUUAAAGAUGCAGAAUUUCUUCCUCAAGUAGUCUCUUUAGAUGAGUUCAUGGAAUCCCUUCCCUCAAAGCCACCCUUUGAAAACUCACCUGGGGAUGCUGCCCGGGCUACACUUGCCUCAGAUGAGAAGAAUGCCUCUAGUGUUGACUCCAAGCUGGAUUCCUCAGAUAUUGGUUCAGUAGAUUUGGUAGAUACUUCUGCAUAUAAACUUGAUAAAAGUGAGGCCAAAUACACUAGGACCGGCAGUAACAUAAAAUCAAAUCACAAUGAAAGUGAGGCCAAGUACUCAAGGACCGAGGGUAUUAGUAUAAAAUCCAAUAACAUUCAUGUUGACUCGGAGACUUCUCUUGGUGGUGACACAUUUAAGGGUGAGUAUGUCUGGGAAGGUCUACUUCAGCUGAAUAUUUCAACCAUCACGGUCACUGGCAUUUUUAAAAGUGGUGAAAAAACAUCUAUGGAAGAGUGGCCUAGCCUUGUUGAGAUUAAAGGAAGAGUCAGACUUGAUGCAUUUGAGAAGUUCCUCCAACAGCUUCCUAUGUCCCGAAGUCGUGCAAUUAUGGUGGUUCAAUUUUGUUGCAAGGAGGGGUCCCGUGACAGUAGGCACAAGAUCCUUUACGAGGUGGCGGAUUCAUAUGUUGUGGGUGAGAGAGUAGGGUUUGCUGAGCCUGUUCCUGGUGUAGAACUCUAUUUCUGCCCACUUAACUCAAGAACAGUUGAAAUGCUUGUAAAGCACCUAUCAAAGGACCAUACAGGAACACUUAAUUCUGCAGAAAAUGGCCUCAUUGGCAUUGUUGUAUGGAGAAAGGCUCUUCUAACAUCCACAAUUUCACCCAACUCAUCCUUGCACCAUAAACACAACUUAAAAGUGCGACACUCUUUAGGGAGACACCACGAGGAUACUAUUGUCAAUGCUACCUUUAAGCCACCACUCACUCCUUGUCCUCCCACCAAUCCUGCCCCUCCACUGGAUGAUGAACCCAUAGCUGAUGUUCCGCCUGGCUUUGGGCCAGCAGCUGCUGGGGACGAUGAUGACUUGCCUGAAUUUGACUUUGUUAGACCUUCAAAUCCCUCCCAAGUGUGGCCAGUCAUAACCCCUAUACAUGCACUGGCUCAACCGCCUCCAUUUCGUCCAGUUGGGCAAAUGAGAGUGAAUUGGCAACCAAGUAGAGGUGUUAGGGUUGAGGUUCAGCCUUGGAAUGAUGAUGAUGAUAUACCUGAGUGGCAGCCACAACUCCCUUCACAGCAACCACUUGACCCUUCAGCACUGCCGGUGCAUGGCUUUCAGCAGCCGAAUACGCACAUUGUAAGUCAACAGCAUUUGGCUUCAGUAUCAUCUCAGUGGCUACCUCAGUACCCAUCUCACCCGAAAGGGUCCCUAGCACCCGAACAUCCAAUGCUAUUUCAGCCACUUCAAACCCCAGUGAAUAUGACUCAAGGGCAAGGCCAACAAACAGGAGGCCCUGCUUGGCAGCAGGGUUCAUGGUGGGCUCCUCCCCCUGUUUCUUAUGGCCUUCCUGUCCAACCAAGUGGGUCGAUGCAGCCAUGUCAUAGUGGUGGUCAGUCUAACGAGGGGCAGUUUUAUGGGACCCCGGGUUUUGGAGUCAUUCAACAUGUUAUGGAUUGGAAACAAGAUGCUUCUAGAAAUAGGGAGUUUUGAGAAUCUCAAGAUUUGCAUUCCUGUAAUUUUAUGACUUUGUAAUGUCUCAUUUCUCUUAGGUUCAUAAAAGCAUAAUCAAUACAUUUUGUAUUUCUUACAAAAAAUCAACACAUUUUUUUGGGGUCA